AUGGAAAGCAAAUUUGCUCAUAAACGCGUAAUAGAACCAAAAUAUAUGAGAAAAAAAGUUGUAUUUGUUGAUCCUGAUGAUCCCUCAGCUUCUUAUUGGUGGCCAGCUUUGGUAGUUCCAAACAAGGAGAUAGAAAUUUUUAAACAAAAAAUGGACUAUGAUGUGCAAUAUCCUGGUGAAGGAGAAAAUCUAGUUUGUUAUUUUGAGGAUGGCUCUUAUUCUGUUGUGGCUGAAAAAGAUCAAAGGCCGUUUGAUCCAAACCUUCCUCCAUAUACUGAGUAUAAAGAAGGAAUAAAUGCUGAAAAAUUUUUAAAAGAUAAAGCGGUAGAACUGGCAACUCAAUACUUUGAAAAAGGAUGUAUCCCAACAACUUUCAAAUGGCUUCGUAAUGAGGAUGUCUUGGUGUCAUCAGCAUCAACAGGAAUUAUUGGGUUGACUGUAUAUUUUGUACAACUUUAUUAA